AUGCCUGGGCUGGAGAGUGCAGUAUGCGCUGCAUUCCCCCGGUGCCCUUCCCCCCCUGCGGCAGUGACCGCAGCGACCUCCGGGCUCUGCUACUCGUCGGAGAGAAAGGCGAAUCGGAAUCCCCCGCAGAAGGGGAGCGCCGCCUCGGAGAGCACCCGCGGCAGCAGCGAGCAGCGUGCUGCCCAAUGCCGCUCAGCGCCGCCGGAGGGGCACCACACAUGGCAGGGGAAGGGGGAAGCACCCGCGGCGGCGGCUCCGCCCCGGCGACGACGCGCGCUCGUGGCCCUCCUCCUCACCGGCCUCGCCGCCUCCACCCGCGUCCCCAACGCCAGGCCGCCGCAGCCGCUCGACGCGGCCCACCCCAUGAACGCUGGGACUAGUUUCACCGAUAAGAACUCGCAGUUCCACCAUGUUCCGUGGAGCCAGAUCCUUUUAAAAUUGAUUAAGUUUGACAUUCAGAAAGGGACAUCAUUUUUGUCUGGAAGCGGGUGUUGGUUCCUGGCCACGAUGGUUGCAGGGAAAAGAGCAUAGGUGUGUAGCUAUUAUCUCUCUGUUAGUUUACUCGCUUCCUUGUUGAUUUCUCUGGUGACUCCAUGAGCGUUUAGUAGGCUCUCUGUUAAACAAGGUACUAUGCUUGAGCAUCUUUCUGCAAACUUUGUGUGGUUGUGUGGCUUUUCUGUUGCAACCUAUCAAGUUCCCUUGUUUGAUGGCAAGAUUUUGCUAUGUGUCAGUACCCGAUUGAUGCAGUUCGAAACUCUAAAUACUUAUUUUCUUUCUCUAUUAGUCUUGUACAUCGGACUCAUUUGUUAUUGAACAGGUUUUAUGAUGAGUCA